AUUUAUCCACACCUACUAUUCACAGAGUGUGAGAGAGAUACUCGUACACUUGUGUAUACAUAUACAGAGAAAGAGAAACAGUUGUUAGGGAAAGACAAAGUGGUGGGUCUGUUUCUGACAAUUAUCUUCAUUUCCCGCUUCUGCUCUUGUUUGAAUCUCUCUCUUCUUCUUCUUCCACUAAAAACAGAUAGAGAAAGAGAAAGUGCGAGACUUUCUUUCUUCAGAGAUAAGAGCGACAAAGAGAGUGUGGUUGUGAUUUGUCUUCACCGUUGAACAAUGGAUACUCCUCAGAAGAGUAUUACCCAGAUCGAAACUCCAGUUUCCAAAUCCAGAUUCGAGGAUUCACCAGUGUUCAAUUACAUAAACAGUUUGUCUCCAAUAAGACCUGUCAAAUCCAUACCAAAUCCUCACCAGUUUAGCACUCUCAAUUUCACUUCCCCUCCUUCUGUUUUCACCUCACCACACCUAACUUCUUCUCACAAAGAAUCAAGAUUCUUCAAAACUCACCACCCUUCUCCUGAUCCUACCAUUCUUGUUCAAGAAUCUCCAGACGAUUCCAAGUCAAAUGAAGAAGCUGCAGCAGAAGCAGAUGCUACUACAGAAUUCAACAUAGAUGCUUCAACUGAAAUGGAGCAGCCACAAAUCGUCAAGUAUGACGUUAAGGAAACGAAUCUUGAUGAAACGACCGAUCUUUCCCUUGUGCCAUACGCUUCUCCUCCUAGAAAAGAGAAUGGUUCUGCUUCUGAGGAUGCUCCAGGAAUGGAGAUGUAUGACAAUGUUCAGGGAAAAAACGAAACUCCGGAUUGGGAUAGAUUGAUUGCAGAUUCUUCUGAGUUCCUAAUCUUCAGCUCACCUAAUGAUUCGGAGGCUUUUAGAUGCCUUAUGAUGCAGAGAGCAUCACCCUCCCAAGCACCUUCAGUGAUGAUGCCAACAAUGCAGCCUGGUUCAAUAAAUGAACCAGAGUCUUCAAACGCAAGUCCUUAUGGGGCUGUUUCAGUCUUGCACCGUGGUAUAAGAAGACGUUGUCUGGACUUUGAGAUGCCGGGGAAUAAGCAAACGUCCAGUGAGAAUAACACUGCGGCUUGUGGAUCCUCGUCCAGAUGUGUUGUACCGAGUAUUGGUCUUCAUCUAAAUGCCCUUUUAAUGUCUACAAAGGACUGUAAAACCAAUAAUACAACUCAUGAUUACUCGUGUUCUGAGAAGUAUCAAGUGGGUCUACAAGGCUCAAGCUCUACAUUGCAAGAAACAUUGGACCAAACAGAAACUGAAACCCGGGAAGAUGUUCCCGUUGAACCAACCUUGGAAGAGUUGCAUUUGAGCAGCCCUAAGAAGAAGAGGGUUAAGUUGGAAGCUGGAGAAGGAGAGUCAUGUAAGAGAUGUAACUGCAAAAAGUCCAAGUGCUUGAAACUUUACUGUGAAUGCUUUGCUGCUGGAGUCUAUUGCAUAGAGCCAUGCUCAUGUAUAGACUGCUUCAACAAGCCUAUUCACGAAGAUACCGUCUUGGCUACUCGCAAACAGAUUGAGUCUCGGAACCCACUUGCAUUUGCUCCUAAAGUCAUUAAGAGCUCCGAUUUGGUUCUAGAAACCGGGGAUGAUGCAAGCAAAACUCCAGCUUCUGCACGUCACAAACGUGGCUGCAACUGCAAGAAAUCAAACUGUCUGAAGAAAUACUGUGAAUGCUUCCAGGGUGGUGUGGGCUGUUCCAUAAACUGUAGAUGUGAAGGAUGCAAGAAUGCAUUUGGCCGCAAAGAUGGAUCUGCCAUUGUUGACAUGGAAGCUGAACAAGAGGAGGAAAAUGAAACAUCUGGGAAAAACAGAAGAGCCAAAAACCAAGAGAACACUGAGGUUUAUUUGAUGAGAAAAGAGGAGAGUUCUGCUUUACCUGCCACACCAAUGUCGGUUUACAGACAACAACUGGUUAACAGUUGUUGUCUGAACAACAACACAAAAAAACCGGACAACAACUGGUUAACAGUUUUUGGAGGUGGAUCUUCAAGCUCAGGGAUGUUUAACAGUCAAUACACAAGAAAACCGGAAAUGAAGUCAUUGGAGACAGUGGCAGAGGAUGGAGCUGAAGAAAUGCCUGAGAUUCUUAGCCACUCCUCUAUAGACAACGUCAAUGCUGUCUCUCCCAAUGGUAAGAGGGUCUCUCCUCCACAUCUGGACUCUUCAAGCUCAGGGAGAAGAGGUGGUGGGAGGAAACUGAUACUGCAAUCCAUUCCAACGUUUCCUUCUCUCACUCCUCAACACUAAAAAAACAUUUUGUGUGUUGUAAGGCUGCACCGUGUAGCUUUGAAAAUUCUUUGAAUCUUUUUUCAAGGUGAGAGAUGAUAGAAGAAGUCAACUUCUAGUUGGUUGUAAGUUAGCAUACAUUGGCAUGUGUAAUAAAGAUGUGAACCCAUCAUGUUCUACAUCACAAAACCAAACAUUUCUUGUAAUAUAUAUAUGCUUCUUUGUCCACUGAGCUAGCUUUAUUUCACAAUAUA